UUUUCUAAAAGUUUUAUUUUAAAAAAUGUAUUGGAAAGUAGUGCGAGCUGGUUAUCAGCUGGCAGAGGCUAGAAGCCGUGGAGUGCUGCGGAUAAAUGUGAGAUACUUGAAGCAGAAUUUGCCCAAACAGCCUGUACCAAAAUUGGAAGAUUCGAUCAAAUUAUACUUGACAUCGGUGAGGCCCCUCCUGGAUGAUAAACAGUUUGGAAUCACAUCGGAUUUGGCGAAGAAGUUCUUGGCAGGAGAUGGUGCUAAAUUGCAGAAGAUGUUGGAGGAAAAGGCGAAUGCGACGGAGAAUUGGUUGGCGCUUUGGUGGUUGAACGCAGCCUAUUUGGAGUACAGAAGACCUGUAGUUGUGUUCUCAAGUCCCGGACAAGUGUUGCCUUUUGUAAAAUUUAAUUCCUUGGAUGAUGAACUUAAUUACGCAGCUAGUUUAAUCGUUGGAAGUUUGGAGUACAAGGAAUUGAUCGACGAUGACAAAAUACCUAUAGAUAAAAUGGGAAAAGAUGAUCUGGAUAUGCAGCAGUACAAGUUGGUUUUUGGAACGUGUCGCAAUCCCGCAAUUCCCAGGGACACACAAGAGUUCAAUCCGAAAUCCAAGCACAUUAUCGUUGCCCAUAACAAUCACUUCUUUAGGGUAGAUGUUUACGGUGAGGAUAAUAAGAAAUUAAGCGUGAAGCAGUUGGUGGCGCAGAUGAAGAAAUGCGUGGAGCAGUCGAAAGCAAAAGGGCCAGCAGUGGGAAUAAUGUCGAGCGAGAACAGAGAUACUUGGGCAAAGGCUUUCAAAAAGUUGAUGGCUGAUGCAGGCAACAAGAAGUGUGUGGAGGAGAUUCAGAAGUCUCUAUACUUGAUGUGUCUUGAUAAACCAAUGCCUAAAGGAAAAGGAAAUGAUAUAUCCAUUGCUAGUCAACAGUUCAUAACGGGUGGAGGAAGCACUGCGAACUCUGGUAAUAGGUGGUUCGAUAAGACUGUACAAUUUAUCGUUUCUGAAGAUGGUUACAAUGGAUUAACUUACGAGCAUUCCCCAGCAGAAGGAGUCCCAAUUGGAGUGAUGUGCGAUUUUCUUGUGGGAUAUCUCAAGAAGAAAAGCGCAAAUAAUGUUCCCGAUUCCAAAGGAUUCAAUCCCCCGGCCCAUCUAAACUUUAAUUUAAGUCCCGAUAUCAACAAGGAAAUUGAGUCUGCUUCAAACAGCAUCAAUAAAUUAGCUAAUGAUCUGGACAUGAACUGCUUCCUAUUCAAAUUGUAUGGGAAAGAUUUCAUCAAAAAGAUGAAGGUUAGUCCGGACAGCUUCAUCCAAAUGUCCUUCCAGUACACUUUCUACAGGAUGUACAAACAGCCGGCUGCUCACUACGAAGCGGCAGCAACCAGAAAGUAUCUUCAUGGACGCACCGAAACCAUCCGCUCUUGCUCCAUCGAGUCGGUAGCUUUCGCCAAAGCAAUGCUCGAUCCUAAGAUGUCUCCGGAUGAUAAAUUUAAAGCCUUGAGAGCUGGCGUCAACAGCCACAAGAAGUACGCGGUUUUGGCACGCGAAGGAUACGGAAUAGAUAGACAUUUGCUGGGUCUCAAGUUGUUGUCUAUAGAAAAGAAGAUGCCGAUGAAUCCUUUCUUCUCGGAUAUAGCUUUCACGAAAAGCACUCACUUUCGACUAUCCACCAGCCAAGUUCCCCAAAGGAUGGACGGUUUCAUGUGCUUCGGACCUGUGGCUUUGGACGGUUACGGUUGCUGCUACAAUCCACGCAAGAACGACAUAUACUUCGCGGUUUCAUCAUUCAACUCCAAUUCCGAGACGAGUUCAGAAAAAUUCAAGACCAAUCUUGAGCAGACCUUCACCGAGUUGAAAGAUCUCUUUGGAAAACUCAAAAAGUAAA